UGCUGACUGACAUGGCGAGUAACCUCGUCUCGAAGCUGUUCCGCCCUCAUCUGACACAGCUUGUGUCUCUCCGUUCAGGUUGCUUGUUACGGGGGAAGGGGGAGGUGGCAGCAGCGAUGUGUACCAGAUGUUCCUCCAGUGGCUCUCCACCAGAGAAAAUCAGCCGAUACCCAAUUCCUUACAAGAAAGAUCUGCCGUAUGAUAUAGUGGAGCUUAUGGAAGAAGUGGAAUCAAAGGGAGGAUUUUUGCCCAAUGUCUUCAAAGUUCUGUCUCACAGACCGGCAGAGUUCAGAGCCUUCUUUGCAUACUACAACGAACUGAUGAACAAGGACACAGGUAGAUUAACCAAGGCAGACCGUGAGCUGAUUGUAGUGGCAACCAGUAUCUACAACAGGUGUCUGUACUGUGUGGUAUCCCACGGUGCUCUGCAUCGCAUCUACUCAAAGAACCCCACACUUUGUGAUCAGGUCAUUGUGAACUAUGAAAAUGCUGACCUGGCCCCUCGGGAGCGUGCCAUGCUGGACUUUGCCAUGGCUGUGUGUCGCUGCGACACCAUCACAGAGCAGCACUUUAAAUCUCUGGAGGAAGCGGGCUUUGACCGCGAGGACGCCUGGGACAUAGCCGCCAUUGCUGCUUUCUUUGCCAUGUCUAACAGGCUCGCCCAUCUCACAGACAUGAGGCCAAACAUGGAAUUUUUUAACCUGGGCCGCAUACCACGGGACAAGAGCAAGGACAAGGCGGGCGAUGGCAACUGAGAAAGGGAGAUGUUACAGAUUGUCUUAGGUCAAAUGCUGUAUGUGAUGUUAAACUGUUCAUGGUGAAGGAAAUUCUCUUAUAUUGUAUCAACAUGACUGUUGAUAUUUGAAGUGUGGUUUAAUGAGGUGUGAUAGCCUGUUCUACAGGUGUACACGCUAAAGGCAAAUAAAUUGACACUGAAAUUAGUCUGAAGGUCAGGAGUGUAGACUUGAGAUUUAAGUAGCUUGACUGAGCCUGUUUGUUUUGUUUUUUGUUGUGCCAAAAUCAAGUUAUGCAGUGCAGGCAUCUAAAUGGGGCUUGUAGGAAUAGUUAUGUUAAGAUUUAUUCCGAUUUGCUCAUGACUCACUAAGUUGUGGUUAAUAGAGAGGUUAAGAAGUAGCCCUUUGUUUUGUUUUUCUGCAGUUAACACAUCUCUUACCUUUGAAUCUGACCAGUGUGUAAAGUGAGAAAGCUUAUUUGGCUCAGGCCUUAAUAGCCUCCACUGCCAUGUAAUUGUUUUUUGCAAUGUACACGAAAAGCAUACCAGGAUACACGAAGACAUGCAUUUCUGAAGUAUUGGGUAACUUUGAACCAAUUUCGAGUCCCUUCCUAUGGCAAAAAAUGUCAUGAAACUGACUUUUCUGUAUGUUACUGACCUUGUUUUAAA